AUGUCAGAUCCGCUAUCUAGUGGUGUCUCCAAUGGAGAUGUUGAUUGGGUGUUUAGAGGGAAGGCAAAGAAGCUUACUAAGAAGAUGCUUAAUGAUAUGCCAAGUUGUAUACCCCAAAAGGAGAUGGAGAUCCUUCAGAAACGUCAACUGAAGGAAUCAGAAAAGGAAAGAGAUGGGUCCCCAGAUCACAAUAAUAUUAAUGUGACCAGUCACAAUAAUACCAGUAACAUUAAUCCUCCCAUUACCAAUGCCACUAAUGGGAUGUCACCACGUUCAGAUUAUAAUGAGACUCGUCAUAAUGAAUCACUCGCAUCCUCGACUCCAAUCCCAAUCCCUACAAAGUCAUCCUUGAAAUCUCUGUGUUGCGGUAGCAAUCUGGAUAAUCACCAUCAUCCAGUAAUAUCACCCAGAAAUACGCCAUCCUAUUUGCUUCCCUCCAAGAGUAACUCCUCAAUGACUUCUACGUCUUCAUCAACGGCCUCAGUGGCUUCAAACAACUCUUUGUCCGCUCACGUGCCGUUGGGUACACUGCCUUCGUCUGCUUCUUCUGCUUCAGCUACGUCCAAGUUGUUUAAGUUGGGCCGUCUAAGAUCAUCGUCCAACCCCGUGUCUCCAUUGAGUUCCCAGCCACCAGCAGCACAAGAAACCGAUUGCAGUUCAGGUUCAGCGAGUGGAGGUGGCAGUGGGGGUGCUCCAUCUUCUCCCUCAACGUUACAUCUGAGUUCAAGCCCUAAUAACGCUGCUCCUAAAAGGAAUAGCGUAAGUGAAGGAGUCAAGAGAUCUUUUUUUGGCUCGAUAUCUUCCAAGUUUUCAAGACAAUCAAGUGUCUCUUCCCAAGAACUGACUUCUUCGGUAUCAACUACUCCUCAAGCUUCAUCCAUUGGUCCGAUAGCAGAGGGUGUUGUUGUUGAUUCCCGUUCCAAAGACCCCUUCAAGUUGAACCCUAAUCAUUUAGGUGAUUCCAGUCAAUCUCAAGAUCUUUCCAAGUUGAAUAAACCCCCUCAAGGUCUUGGAAUUGGUCGUAGAAGAUCAACACUGUCUCAGUAUGAAUCUGAUUCUCCAUCAAGAAAGAAUUCAGUCAAUUGCUCUUCAUCUCAACACCAUCAACAUCAACAUCAACAUCAACAUCAACAUCAACAUCAACAUCAGCAACGUCACCAUCAGCAUAAUCAUUAUCAUCAAAAGAAUGAUCCAUUGGCUAGUGUUUCUUUGGUUAGGGUUUGCUUUGCAGUGGACAAGUUGGCAUACGACCCUCAACAACAAAUACCUUCAAGGAAGCCUCGUAAGGGUAAUGUUCUUAUACCAGAGGACAUUAUGGCUCCACCACCAAGGCUUUCUCAAGGCAUAAGUGUCUCUGAUUCAGCACUGGAGAAGAAAGCCGAAGAAGUCAAAUACUCUUCCCAAGAAAUAGCCACUAUCAUUGAGAACCAUAGAAGAGCUUUAAUGGAAGCCGAAUCUCAUGCUCAUGAAGCACAUUUGGUUGCGAGGAAAGUUGCUGCUGAAGUUAGCCAACAUAAAUGGUCUAAGAAUGAUAUCAAUGUGCCUGUGGAAGAAGAUGAAAUUGAAUUGAAUAUUAAGGAAAUCGAUAAACCUUUACAUGUCCAUGAGAAACACUUUGAAGGCGAAGAAAUUGGUCCAGAUAUUGAUGGUGAUGAUCAUGAUCCUAUUGCCACCAAAGAAGCAACAUUAGAUCAAAUUUAUACUCGUUGCUGUCAUUUACGAGAGAUUUUACCAAUUCCGGCAACUUUAAAGCAAGUGAAGAAUAAACUGAAGCCAUUACAAGUUUUAAAAUUACUUAAUCCAAAACCUACAUUGAUUGACGUUCUUUCCUUUCUGGAUUUCAUUGCCAUUACUCCUAUUAAUACUAUAAUUUUUGAUAAUGUCACCAUGACCACUGAGAUGUUGAAACAUUUAUUAGGAUCACUUGUUUCAUCAACAUAUUUGGAGAAAUUAUCCCUUAGAAAUGUCCCUAUAGAUACCCAAGGUUGGUUGAUUCUUUGUAAGUUUUUACAAAAGAAUAAAUCCCUUCGGAAGUUGGAUAUCUCCCAACAACGACUAAAGACUUCUGAAAAUUGUACUUUAAGAUCCAAAAUGAAUUGGGAAAUUUUCUUCAUGGCUUUAACGUAUCGUGGUGGUAUGCCAGAAUUGGUAUUGAACGGUUGUAAAUUAUCUGAUUUCAUGUUUGAACAAUUGCUUCACACUAUCCGGAAAGUUACCCUAAGAUUGGGGAUAGCUUCGACAGAAUUGAAUGCUCAUAAGUUUAAAUUACUUAUUGAUUGGGUAACUGCUCCAGAUUCAAAAUGUAUUGGAUUAGAUAUUGGAUUCAAUGAUUUGGAGCCUCAUGUUGAAUACUUUAACCAUCGAUUAUCAAGUCAUAUUGAUGAUACAAAACUUCAAUUCCUUUCAUUGAAUUCGACCAAUUUACAAUACUCUCCUCAAACUAUUGAAUUGAUGAAGAAUUUAUCACAAGUGAAAACCAUACGGUUUUUGGACUUGAGUACCAACCCCGGGAUUUUCCCCAAGAUUAUACCGUAUUUAUCUAAGUUCUUACCGAUGUUUGUGGACUUGAGGAGAAUUCAUUUUGAUUUAAAUGAAUUAUCACCUAAACUGAUUGCUGCUUUGGCCAAUAUCUUACCUCAUAUUAAGACUUUGGUUCAUGUUUCCUUCUUAGGUAAUCGAGAAUUGACUGAAUCAGCUGCUGCGAUUAUUUAUACUGCCUUAAAGGAACUGAGAUCUAUUUUUGCCUUAGAUUUGGAUUAUGAUUUGAUUCCAGAUGAAUUGGCCCAGAGAAUAGCGUUUUAUUUGAUGAAGAACAUGCAAUACACUAUGAUCAACCAUACCUAUGUUUCCGAUAUUAAACACGAAGAAGACGAUGAAGAAUUAUUAUAUGAUGGAAGUAUCAUGAUGGAAACAGCAGAGAAACUAUUGAAUGAAAAGGGUAAGACUGAUAACCCUAAGGUGAUGAAGAUAUUAAAUGAUGCCAUCAUUGAAAGAACUCUGGUAAUAAGAAAGAAGAUUCAUAAUAAUAUAGACAUCUUAUUGGCUAAGAAGGAAUCUCUGGGUUUAACAGCCAGCGAAUCAGAUACUUUAUUGAAGUACUGUAUUUUGGAUUCAUCUUUAGAUAAUGUCUUUACAUUAUUUAAAGAGCAUGCUACCAUGACAAGUUCUGUUCCCUUAUCGCCGUCAAUCUCAAUUGAUGAAGCAAACAAUAGCAGUUCUCCAAGUACUUCUGCUUCUGUUUUGGCAAAUGUUUUAGCAGGUAAUUCUUCAAGAGCAACACCAGUUAAUGGUGGUCCAGCCAUAACUAACAGGCAUCCUGCUAUUGCUUCUAUAAUUGGAAACAAUACUCUUUUGAGACUUGAUGUCGAUGGUAAGUCAUUGGUUUCUCCGCCUACUGUUGGGGCAGAUGCAUCUUCUGGUGUUGCUGUAGUUACUGCUACUUCAAAUGCAACAACUGCCACUACUACUAACACUACUGUCCCAAAGGAAGAUUUGUCUCACAUGAAAUUACAGGGUGACAGUACAAGUUCUGAAGAUCCACCGUUCUUAUCUCAGCAACAACUGCGCAAGUCUCAAGAAUUACUUGCUCUGUUACCUAUUCUCUAUCCUCGGAUAUCAGACGUUACAGCUAACCCACCUCAACUGUCUGAGCCUACAGUCAUACCUCAUGAUGUUGUCACCACAAAUGUUGAUGGACAGGAAGCAACUAUUGACAAUAUGACAGGCAGGCCAGUUCUUAUGAGAUCGUUAUCACAAACAAGUGAACAUGAUAGAGAAUUGAAGGAAGAAGAAGGUGAAUUACAUAAACGAGAAUUCAACAUUAAUCAUCAAAUGUUCAUGGAUGCCAAUGAAGUAUAG